AUGUCGAAAUCGGAACCGCCUUCUCAAGAGCUACCCAACGGUACCACUACCAGUAGGAGUGCGACCGUUCCCGUGCUAGAACAACUGCAAACAGGUGCGCAAGUAAUUGUUGGAAACCAUCGGGUAGAGAUCAUCGGAUACCUGGCUGAGGGCGGAUUCGCACAGAUAUACGUGGUGAAGUUUGUGGAGUAUGCGAAUGAGCUAGAAAAACAACCGGCAAUCACGCUUGCGGUGGGUGAACGGGCAUGUUUGAAGCGGGUUUUGGUGACAGACGAAAACGGGCUCAACGAAAUGCGCAAUGAAGUGAGCGUGAUGAAACAGCUUUCCGGAAGCCCCAAUGUGGUGCAAUACUAUGACUCGCAUGCAUCUCGGUCGCGGGACGGCGGAUUGGGGUUUGAAGUAAUGCUAUUGAUGGAAUUGUGCCCGAACAACUCGCUACUGGAUUACAUGAAUCAGCGGCUGGUCACGAAACUUUCAGAAGCUGAGAUUGUCAAAAUCAUGUUUGAUGUGAGCCGUGCGCUAGCACAAAUGCACUACUUGCCUGUCCCGCUCAUACAUCGCGACAUCAAGAUCGAGAACGUUUUGGUGGACGCAGAGAACAAUUUCAAGCUGUGCGAUUUUGGGUCCACUUCCACUUGUUUGCCAGUUGCCAAUACGCACCAGGAGAUUGCAAUUCUGACCAAUAACAUAUACAUUCACACAACGCCGCAGUACCGGUCGCCGGAAAUGAUCGAUCUGUACAGGUGUCUUCCCGUGGACGAAAAAUCGGACAUUUGGGCGCUGGGCAUUUUCCUGUACAAAUUGCUGUUCUACACCACGCCCUUCGAGCUAACAGGUCAGUUCGCCAUUUUGCAUUCCAAGUACGAAUUUCCUGUCAACAACUACUCAUCAAAGCUGAUAAACUUGAUCAUCAUUAUGCUAGCUGAAAACCCCAAUUUGAGACCCAACAUCUACCAGAUUAUGGACAUUUUGUGCUCGAUUUUGAAGGUUCCAAACCCAAUACAAGAUAAAACCCAGCAGGGACCUUACCGGUUCGACAAAUACGCGCAGUACCAGUCGAAAUUACAGAAAAUACAGUACCAAAUGUAUAUGUCCUACGAAAACAAGGACCGUACUGAUACCCUCAAUGACUUGUUUAUCAAUUGCUUUGAGAUUGCCCCCAAACAGUCCGUUAAUAUGGGGCGCAAGAGCAGUACCUUCUCAGAGGCCUCCGAAACCUCAAAAAAGAGCAACGUGCAAGAGUCUUUGGCGACUAUGAGCCAAAACAAGUCGGUCGGGGAAGAAGACAUAGGCCUUGUGCAACAGCAAUUUCCAUCGGUAGAGGAUUUGGACACCUAUCUUCAUGAUGGAGGAAAAAGGGAUAGUGGCACGAAUAAUUCAAACACAACGGCUAGCGUUGGCGCUAGUUCGCGCUCAUCCAGCAAGAUCGACUUGGCAAGGCCGGUAGAUGAUAUGAAACAGCAGACACAAGAUGUGCCGCCAGUUGCGGGUGCCUCGAAAAUUACCCGCGACCCCACGGCGCGAUCUACCGUUUCAACAAAGCAGCACAAAUCCAAGAAUCCCUUCCCAUAUAUUCAGCAGGAAAAGUAUGGUGUCGAGGCUAAUGUGAACCCUGUUUUCAAUGCGGAAAAUCCUCAGCCAGAUGUCGAUUCUCAAUAUUUUGAGCAGUCCAAAAUUCCUAAUCCUGUGGCCCGCAUUCAGACUGAGGCGCAUCAGCAGAAACCUAACUACAACCCUGAGCAGCAAGGUGGUGUGAUGGGAUCAUAUAACACCUACUAUGGUGGAUCCUCCACGCCUGUGCCGGAUAAUACAAUCGAGAAACCAGUUCCGUCGCACUACUCGUAUCACACGCUGGGCGACAAGCCAGAGGCUUCAUUACCCCCGCAAAGACAAUUACCUCUUACUGAUCCCCAGCAAAUUCGCACUCCGGAGAAGGAAGAGCUUCUCCUUGACUUUUCACAAGCAGACAAAAAAGAAUUCCAAAAGCUGGACUUGACGUUCGACAGUGUUGAUCUUUCGACCCCACCAAAGGACGGCACCAAGGACAGCACCAAUGUAUCGGAGCAGAGUCUUGCCUCGACAGAAAGCUUCCCCGUGCAGCUACGUCGCAAAGCUCCUCUUCAAAACUCUACUUCGGGCGAAAAAUCUGCCAAGUCAAUGGAGCCCACUUCUGGGCGGCGUUCCUUAGAUCUGAAAUUCCAAGAGAUGGACUUCUCGUCCCCUCCUCUGGAUGCGAAACUUCAGAAAACCAAGACCGCCACGAACCAUUCUCGGAGGAGUAAUGGCGGUGGUAGCAGUAGCGACCCGAAAAGAUCAUUUGCCCAUGCGAGAAAAUCGCUCGAUUUGGACCGUGCGAAACGGGAAAUGAACCCUUCCACCGAGAACACCGCAAGCAAACGCAAGUCGUUUUUCGGCAAGUUCAAGAGCUAA